AUGACCUUCGAUGAGCACCAUCGUAUUCUUCUUUCCAAGGUCAAAGACGGGGAUAAUGUCGUUGCUGAUGUCAAUGUCAUCGAAGAGGAUCGAGAUGGAGAUAUACCUAACAGCACUUCUGAUUCUGAGGCUCUACCAGGAAGUGGUGGUUCUAAUGCUAACAACCAAUGGCAUAGUUUCUUCAAACUUCUCAAAAAAGGCUCACAAAUGCAAUUUCAACCAUUUCACCUUCUUAAAAAUAAUGUUUCUAAGUUAACUAGAAGGAAGAGUAAGAGAGUUAGAUAUGAUCUCAUUCCUUCUUUUUUUGACUCUGAGUUUGCCAACUUCAAAUCUUCAUGGAAAAAUUUCACUCUCUCUGAACUUCAGGCUGCAACUAAUGACUUUAGCCAUGAUAAUAUAAUCGGAGAGGGAUGGUAUGCAGAGGUAUACUUAGGAAAAUUAGAAGAUGGAACCUUUGUUGCCAUAAAGAAGCUAACAAGAGGGAACCAAGAAGAAAUGGCUGCAGAUUUUUUGUCUGAGCUUGGAAUCAUGUGCUGCAUUUUAUCUUUGCUUAGUAAAUUUUGUCUCUCUUCGACAUUACACAAGUGA